AUGAAAGGAAAAACAAAACAAACAAAACAAAUACUACAUGACUUAAAAGAAAGAUUUGGUGAAGGACCUUAUGAGGUUAUGAUUGCUGGUACAUUUGAUUUAAUUCAUCCAGGACAUAUUCAUUUUAUACAAGAAGCUGCUCAAUUUGGAAGAGUAAUUGUUAUUAUUGCACGUGACAGUGUUGUUAAAAGAAUAAAACAAAGAGAAACAGUAUUAGAUGAGAAAAUGAGACAAAGUAUUGUUGAAGGAAUAAAAGGAGUGAGUGAAGUAGUUUUAGGAUGUGAGAAUGGGAAUUGGUAUGAGCCAAUUUUAAAAAGAAAUCCACAUUUAUUUUUAAUGGGAUUUAAUCAACCUGGAGAUUUGUUUCGUUUUGAGAAAGUAAUUCAUGAAAAAGGAGGAAGAACAAUAUUUAGAAGGUCAAAUUCAAUGGAAAAGUCAUAUUCUUUACAAUCAUCUUCUCAAAUACGGAGAAGAGUAAUAGAAAUAGUAAAUAACAAAAUACAAUAA